AUGUGGAAUUCAUAUGCAUUUGUCCAUUAUGCAACAAUGGAAGAAGCUCGUCGUGCACUUGAACAAUCUAAUGGUGCCAUGUUUCUUAAUAGAAAAUUAAUUGUUCAAUUAUCUACAUCUCGUUUUCGACCACAACCAAAAGAAUCUAAUACUUCAAUACCUCAAUCACCUAAAAAACUUAUGAUUAUGAAUGCUCCAUCAUCAUCAUCAUCUAUUAUUUAUCAUAAUCCUACUGGAGGAUCAAAUACAAUAAAACAACAGCAGUCAACUCCACUUACUCAACAAUAUACUUAUUCAGAAACGAAUUAUGAUAUGAUGACAUCAAAUGGUCUUCAUCAACAGUCAUCAUCACCUAUUAUAUCAGAGAAUCAAAAUUUAUAUCGUUCUCUCUCACCAUUAUCUCAGGAUAUGAAUAAUUAUUAUUCACAAUAUUCAUCUAUACCUAUUGAUGAAAUGACAGCAUCAUCAUCAUCAUCAUUAAAAACUAAUCAUAUAAAAUCAAAUAAAAAUCUAAAAACAGACAUUGGUAUUAAUGGUGAAAUUCCAAAAUUAUAUUGUACGAAUUUACCAGAUAAUUGUAAAGCAAAUGAUUUACAACGUUUAUUUUCAUCAUUUGGUCAUGUUAUUGAUUGUGUUAUUUUAUGGGAUUAUUAUGCAUUUAUUACAUAUAAAACAUUCUUAGAAGCUGAACGAGCUUUACUAGGACUUAAUGGAUUUAUAUGGAAAGAUCGAAGACUUAUUGUUGAAUGGUCACGUGCAUCUGGACGACGACAACAACAAGUGUCAUCAUCACCAACACCACAAAAACUUGGUUCAUUUGGUUCUGAAAUUUCAACACCACCAUCACCUCGUACACGUCCGACAACAUUAUUAGCUCAUCAAUCGGCUUCUAAUAAUCAAUUUUAUGGAAAUAAUUCACCAAAAAUACUUUCACCAUUACUUCCAUCACCGCUUAAUUCACAAUCACCACAUCAUACAUUUAAUCAAAAUCUUGCUUUAAUGUCAAUUAUGCAACAACAACCAUAUUUGCAUCAUCAUGCAUCGAAUUCAUAUGGUGGGGCAUAUACAAAUGGAAAUAAUACUGAAGUAUUAUCAAAUGAUAAUCAACAAAUAUUUGAUGGUUUAACAAAUUCAUCAUCAAAUCAUCAACUUGAUUUAUCACCAUUUCUUGAUACAAAUUCAUCAAAUACGAAUAGAAUUUUUUCAUCAUCAUCUGAAUUAAAUACACCAUCAUCAAUAAAAUCUAUAUCAAAUGUUUAUCAACCAUCUGAUAUAGCUACAUUACUUGAACCAUUAUCAUCUGAUGUAUCAAUAGAUGAUAAAUCAAAUGAAAAUUUAAUGCAUGAUAUAAAAAAUACUUUACCAUUAACAUUAAAUAAUGUUCCACCAUCAUGUUCAUCAGCAGCAGCUGCUGGUGUUGCUGCAUUAUUUCAAGAAAAUUUACUUUCAUCAUUAUUUAAUUCAUUUGAACCAUUUAGUAAAUUAUUUUCAAAUGAUGAUCAAUCAACAUCAUCAUCAACAUAUUAUAAUCAUUUUUCACCAUUAUUAACAACAGCACCCGAUAAUAGUCAUUAUCCAAUGUCUUAUGGUCAUAAUAUUUCUUGGCAUUAA